AUGACCUCUAUAAACCAUCCUAAUAACUUGUGCCUUGUCACCCUUCACUUUCCUUCCUCCACCUCUUGCCACUGCCCUGACCAUGUGCCGCCUAGGGAGCUUGACCAGAAAUUUGAUGAAAAUAAAAAGUGCGAAAUUACCUCAAAUAACAACCCUACUAACAUCCUUAAUAACCUCUGCACUGGCCUCGAAACUUUCCUCGGCUUCAACUCUGCUUCCAAAGGCUACACUGGCCAGGGGAUUGUGUACUCCGACCUGGACAGGCUGUGUGACGGGGUGAUGGCGUUUUUGCACGGGGUGUUGGAGAGUGUUAAAGAUGAUACGAAUGUUAAGACGUAUUAUUCUGUAGAUAAAAUGACUGAAACACUUAACACUAUUAAAGACAGUAUGCACAAAACUGGCGGAUUGUCUGCGGCCGUUACGGCUGUGAGCACGGCGCUGGGGGAGUGGGACAGGGAGGUGACUGAGAAAACAAACGCACUUAAAAAUGGACUUAAUGAACUGAAAAAUAAUAAUUUUAGCAGUAUGCAAAAUGCACUUGAUAACCUUAAUGCAUUGUCACAUAGUGAUCAGCUUAGCAGUGUUGCUGAUAAAUUACAUACGUGUAUCGACCAGGCCACAUUUCUAUCAGGGGCGUAUGAUGCCGCGGAGAAAGAGUACGAUAAGCUGGAUCCGACGCUUAGAGAUAAGAUGAAAGAUGCAUUAAAUAAAAUUAAGUUGCAGGUAGAGCAUUUUCAUGGAGCGGCGGCGAACACGGAGUUGAAGGGACUUCUUGAGGAGGGAGAAAAGCAGCUUAACGUUAUAGAAAACGCAAUAAGAAAUGAAGUAGAAGGUAGGGUCGGGCAGUAUAAACUUCUUUUGAAACACGAGUUUGAUGAGAAGAUUAAGAGUAAGAUUCACGACAUUAAUGAAGCUCUGAAAACGCACAUUGCAAAUCUGUUCGGCUGGAUCGAGAAGGCGGGACCGUUAGUGUGGCGAUCAUUACAGCUCGUUGAAGUAAUCGUGAAAGAGGUCAAUAACAGUACAGAGAGGAGUCAAUUUCCGAUGAAGAUUCGGAAAGCGGCUCAAGGGCUAUAUGAAGAUGCCGUAACGUUGCGUAGGGCAAUGAAGACUGCAUAUGAUAAUAUUAGCAACAAAGUUAAUAUAGCGAUUAGCCAGCUCGGCACUUUGGAAAAUGGAGUAAAGAGCGAUUUAGCAUCGCUUAGGGAUGCUAUUAAGAAUACCGUUGGAUCGUAUGCUAAAGAAACAUUGGCUAAGAAAAUUGGUGAUGGACUCACCCCCAUCGCUAAUGAAAUAUAUCAGAAGAUGAAUGGGACUGGUUGUCUGAAUAAGAUCGUCAGUGGAAUUAACGACUACGCUACAAAGUUCAAACAAGAUAAGUCGUUUGGUGGCAUAGUACAGAAAUGGAUUGAGGAUAUCAUGGAUGAAGAUGUUUCAGUAAAAGGCUUCCUGGAUGGUUAUUUCAAGCAACCGUCUACGUAUAAGGCCCCUUAUAAUAAGUGGGUCAGUAAAGGUGAACAUAAUGCCGAAAUUACUGCAAAGCUAGCUGGCUUAAUAAAAAAUGAGCUGUCAACCGAAAUACAGCAAUCCGCCAGUAUAGCCGUUUCGGACUCACAGAGCGGUGCUGGGAAGACGGAGAUCGAACAACAUGUCGCUGCCGUAACGGCUGCCUGUAUGCUUUUUGCAUCACAGCUUGGAGGGAAGAUUGAAGGCGAUGAAUUAAGGUUGAGUGGUACCGUUGCCGAAAAGAUAGCAAAAGCUGUUGAAGCAACAGAUGAUGUGCUUAUGGACAAACGUAUUGUAAACAGCAAUCAAUUCCAGCUUACACAUGCCAUCCGUUUAACUCUACUUCAACUCGUUGGCAUAGCCAGGCAGGCUGUCGAAGAACUGCAAUCAUUUACAGGUAUAGAUUUGCAAACUAACAGUCAUAACGAUGAGAAUUACAAUCUGGGCAAGAAUCUCGAUAGCGCAAUGCAGAAGGUUAUGAGUCUUUGGGAUGACCUAGGUAACAGCCUAAAAAUGAAUAAUGCGCUAGGAGUCGAAUCUCAAGGUGAUACAUUUGCAGAAGCCUUAAAGAAUGCAUUUGAUAAGAAGGUUGAGUUCGAGUAUGGUCAGAGAGGAGACGUUCGAGGCAGUAACAUUCCGGAUCCAAUGCAGCAUUAUUACACAAACAUGAGUACAUUUUCAUUCACUCUGAAUGACAUAAAAAGUGAACCAAAUGGGCUGGAGAGAAUCAAUGGCGUUGAUGCAGGGAAUGGUAAUAUAGAUGAGGCCAGUCUAAAAAAAUCGUACGAUGCAAUUACUCUCAGUCUUAACAACCUUGUCGAUGCAAUAAGAGAAAAUUGUGGAAAAAACAAGUAUGACACGAAUGGAAUACAAUUUACGUUGACUAAGGUCAUGAUGUUGAUUGACAGUGAAAUUGAAGACGCGAUUGGAUUGAGGGGUGGAAAACAGGAUGGGCUUAGGAAAAUUCACAAGGACCUUAGCACUCAACAAGGUGCGUUAAAUAACGCGGUCAAUGCUGCUGAGAAUUUCUACAUUUCUGUAAUCGAAAAAUACGCUAACUCUACCAUCGACUAUCUGCAGAAGUUCGUCACAAGUGAGGUUGACGGAGCGACCAAAGCUAUACAAAGGAAAGCACAAGAUGAGUAUUAUUCAAAAAUGUAUCCCAUGUUCACCAACAUGAAAACUGAAGUCACCUCCCAAAUCUCCGCCAUCGAAUCCAUUAUCGCCACUGACCUCACAUCCGGCGUCAAAGGCCUCCUGCGGAAGGUGAUGGAAAAGGGUGUCGAUGAAAGUAAUAAGCUGACUACAUUGAGGCUUGCAGAUCUUAUCGAUGCCAACAACAAGAAGAAAGUUGAAGAAUUGUCUGGUAGAUUUAAAAAUUACGCGGACUCCGUUUUAUUCUAUAUUGGCUACCAGGUGGCCGGCCCGCAUCCGGGUGAACCCGGUAAAAAAGUGGAUUCCAUUAAAUCCAAUAUCCUAGCGCUUCUGAAGCAUUUAAAGACGUCUAGAAUAUAUAAUUACGACCACCAAUUCACCUCCCUCCUCUCCCACCUCUCCUCCUCCCUCACCGCUCUCCACCCCUCCGCCUUCGCGAACCCCCGGCACCCGGAGCUGCUCGAUGCGGUCAAACAGGGGCUGCAGGGGUUUGUCGAGCAGAUGGAGCGGGUGUAUGUGAACGGGUAUGAUGGAGGGGAGGGGAUUAAAAUGUGGUACAAAAAUGACAAGGAAAGUGGUUAUUUGACCACUAAAGGAAGAAACGGCGCUAAGGUAUUUCUGAGUUGUCUACCAAUGUUGUUGGAGGACCUUACUACGUUAAAUGCCAACUGUCGCGGUGAUUGGAAAAACGAAUUUAUAUGUGUAACGAACGAUGAAAACGAGAAUCUUCUCGGUAAAUUUCUCAAGCGCUGUGGUUACAAGGUCGCCAAAUCGGACACCUCCAAGGACGGCGAGUCGGAAUGUAAGAAAAGUAGAAUUGGUAUCAAUAUUUAUGAUAGACUUGCAACGCGCAUAUUUGACGCCUCAAUUGUGAAUCAUCUCAAAGCGUGUGACUACAAUAAGGAUAACAAGAAGGAAGGGCCGGAGAAAGUGAAUUUCGACUACUUCGAUUUACUUAAAUGCCUUUACCAUCACUUGGACCAAUUCAAUGAAGUAGGUCACCUAUCAACUCUGGGGUCGAGGAGACAACCAUGCUCCGUCUACGAGAUGCUCUUAUGGCUCUCUGGUCUUCCGCAUCAUCCGGUGCAUACAGCUAUGCGUGAUGAAACUAUCCUUGAAAUAAUCGAAAACAUAAAUAAAGAUGAGAAGAAGACAGACAAAGAGGCAGACGGCUUUACGUUCUCAAUGGGUGAGACCAUAAGCAUAUGCCUAGAAGCGUACCCAAGAAAGGUACCAUAUGAUUCCUUACAAAACGCGGUGACACACAUCUGCUCCCAAGCGUAUGACGUACUGUGCGCCAUUGCCGGAACCGGUGACGCCGACACAUUCUACGCAAGUGACUACUGCAACAACUCAAUGAAAUUCAACUACCCGGCUUCAGGGGAAGAGUGUCUCGACAUGUUCCUCGAUAUUCUUCGCCGAAUGUUACCGACGUUGCAAUUCUUGAAACAACAGUGUGAGCUAAGCACCAAUCUGAACGGCUGGCAACAAUGCAAGUACGGUAAAGAUAUAAAGACAGGCAAAUGGCCAUGUAACGAACACUCAAGUGAUGAAUCAAACGAUGAAACAAAUUGCCAACCAAACUCACCACUAAUGGGCUACCUUAACGAUUGUUUACCCGGUCACCUGCCGCAUCAACUCAGCAAAAUUGGCUGUAAAUACGAAUGUAAUACCUGCCCCUCUACCUUAAAGAAGGGUAUGCCCUGCUUGACUCCAUUGGGUUUCAGAGGUUUCUCUGGAAACACCAAAAGAGGCAAAGAGCUGGGUGAAGUGCUCACUAAAUUCUUAGGUAACGAGUAUAUUCAAGGCCUAUUCUGCCUACAGCCUCAGCCACCCAAAACGUUGCCCGAACAUUUCGGAUUUGCAUUAACGCUGGUGAAGGGAUGGAUUAAUAUUACUAAUUUCCGGAACAAAGGCUUACCUAAUAUCAGUUUUCAAUCAGCGUUUGAAGCAUCCGUUCGCGACUUGUCUAUUGAUCUAUAUUCAGAUCCCUAUGAGUUAACAAAAUCGUUAACCAAAUCAUAUGGUUCGCAGUCCGUUGUUCAUGAUUCGUGUGAGCAUCCGCACCUCGUGAAUUUCACAAGCUCAGAUAUAUGCACUAACAGGCGUUCGGAUGUAAGUUGCGCAUCCUACCUUAAUAUCGCAUCGAACGAAACCUACAGUUACCUAGUAAACAAACACGCCGGACUCUACGUAUCAUGGGCUGUUUACUUGCCAUGGUCGUUUUGGGAGUUACUCAACAAUUUGUAUAAAGAUUUUUGUAACAUAUUCUGUGCCGAUUGGGGCUGCCGUGGAUGCCUCCGCGGCGACAAAUGCAAACGUGGAGAGCAUGGUACUGUUGAUGACAAAACUGGUGAUGCAAAAUGUAAAUGCAGUUCCAUAGUUCGAUGUAAAGGCGUACCACCACUACUAUAUAGAUAUGGAUUUGCCUUCGGAAAUGUGUCAGAAUUGGACGAAACCAAAUUCGAAAAAACAUGUUCAAAUUUCUGCCAACAGUUGAAAAAGCUUCUCGACUCGAAAUACUUCAUUGACCUCUUCGAAAACUGCGACAAAUUCAUUUUUACAAUCCGCGCCCCCUUCAUCUGGCUCAACGUCGCCCUCUGGCUCCUCUCCUUGCUGUACCUCCUCCACAUCAUGGUCAUCCGCCUAGACCUGCUCCACAUCAAAUCGCAUCUACAUAGUCCCUCGAGUCAUCGCAUCGCUGCUCAAUCACUACUUGCAGCUGCAAAGGUUGGCAGACUUGGCAAGAUAUCUUACCUGCAACCAUAA